AUGUUGGGCACUGGACUGGAAAAUGCAGAUACCCCGGAUUCCACUCCAACCUCGAUGGCAUCAGCAGCCCAGGAUGUGACGUACACGACGAAACCUGGCGAACAAAACAACAAUCUUGCAGAAACGUCAGACUGGGUAAAUCCAGCAGCGACAGAGACAGGCAUCUAUCCUGGAACGGUUUCAUGGCCCUCAGCCAGUGAGUUGACCACAUACCCAGCACCAACUGCGACACUGGAUGCAGCAAGCUCAUAUUAUCCAUCACUAUCAUCAAUACCAACAUCCUGGACCACACCGUCAAUUUCAAACUCAUCCUCUCUCACGUCCACCCAAACAACAAUAACAACAACAACCACAACCACAAUCUCAGCCUCAGCCUCAUCCUCAGAAACAACCUCAGCGACCAGCGACUCAACCGCCUUCUCUGGCGGUCCAUCAAAAACAACCAAAAUCGCCAUAGCAGUCCCAGUCUCAGUAAUCGGCCUAGCUCUAAUCCUAGCGCUACUAUUCUUCCUCUCCCGCCGACGACGCCGCAAACAGGAACGCAAUACGCUACCACCCCCCUACGAUAUAGCAACAGGCCAUCGAAGCGCAGUUUCAACGCAAGAGCUAAUGAUAUCACCGAAAUCUGCAACCCCAGAACCAAGACGUUCACUCUCAACCCCGGCAAUGUCCUCAGUGGCUACAUCUAUGCCGUUGCCAAUCCCUCGGAUCCCGGUUAUUAGCAUCUCACCCUCGACGGAAAGUCGGGGUCGAACGCCUAGUCCCAACCCGAGUCCCAACCCCAGUCCUGGCUCGGGAUCUGUGCACCGUAUGUCUAUGGCCCGUGAACCUGGUGACUCUGAGGCGGAGCUUGGGGUUGCGGUUGCUGUUCCUAUGGAUCAGAGGCGGAGUGCUACGGAGCAGGAUUUGAGGGACUGGGUUGCGUCUGUUACAUCAUCGAGGGGGCCGUCGCGGUUGGCUAGGAUGCCGUUUGAGGAUUUUUCGGAUGAUGAGGUUGGUAUUGGGAUUGCUGUUGGUGGGUCGUCGGAUGAUGAUGAUGACGCUGUUUCUGAUGUGUCGGGUUUGGAUGGGCGGAGGAGGGUGAGGGACUUUGAUGAGGUUUCUGUGGUGUCAUCUUUCGAUGAGGUGUCGCCGAUAGGCGAGCAGGAGAGGGGGCGGUUCCGGGGAGUUUGA